UUGCUAAUAAAUAUAACCAAGUAAUUGGUGAAUAAUGGCACAUCAAAUCUAACCCUCUCGCUCCUCUUUUCACCCUUUCCCUCUCACUUUUCCGAGUAAAUUUUGUGCAUCAUAUCGAAUUUUAAGGCGUUGGCCAAUUCAUAUCAGAGGGUUGAUACAAGAUUUUGUAAAUUCGGGCUCCAGAACUUGUCAAAUCAUUCAUAUUUAUGAAGAGUACUAUGAUUGUUGAGCUUUUUUUGGAUCUCGACGUAGAUUUCCACUUUUCUGAGUAAGCAUAUCAGAAAUUGUCUUAUUUCUAAGUGGAAAGCUUGGCAGGGACAUAGUACUUGGUCACUUGUGCGGUGAAAAAAUCAGGAAACAUGAUCAGCAAAUCAUUACUGUUAACGUAUCUUUACCUUCUAAUCUACAUCACGCUCUCAUCCGGAGUUAUUCUAUACAAUAAGUGGGUUCUUUCUCCAAAAUACUUCAACUUUCCAUUUCCUAUAACACUUACGAUGAUACAUAUGGGGUUUUCUGGUGCAGUAGCAUUCUUUCUUAUCCGUGUCUUCAAGGUUGUAUCUCCAGUUAAAAUGACAUUCAACAUAUAUGCAACCUGUGUGAUUCCAAUAAGUGCCUUCUUCGCAUCAAGUCUCUGGUAAGCACUCAGCUGUAGCAAACGUAUUCAAUGCUUUUAUUACUGCAAGGCAUUAAUUAUUUGAUUAUACACAUUUUCAUCUGGUUAUCAAUCACUAGUCUAAGAAGAUGAUUAUUUGAUUGUCUGGCAGUCUUCUAGUGCCCCAUACACCAAAGCUAUGGGAAACAUCAAAACGACUAGUGAAUAUCAUUUUUUUCACCUCAUCAACAAUCAAAGUUCCAUUUAUUUUUGUUAUUUAGAAAAUCUCAUUGCAUCAUCAAAGUUCCUCACAUCAUAUCUCACCUAUGUUCCUCAGACUUAAGUAUAUAUCUAGGAGUCGUAUCCUCCUUUUAAAAAUAUAGGAUACAGGAAAACGGUUAAAAAGGAUCCGAAUUUUGGAUAUGAGUUCGGGGAUGCUUCUUACAUAGUUUGUCAGUGAGAGAUGCAAAUGAUGAUAUAAUUAAUGAAAAAUAUAACUUGCAUUGCUUCAUCACAAUAAAGGUUUUCAGGUAUCGUAGUACAGAAUAUAUCACUAGGAUAAGAAGCAACUGCUUCUUGUAUAGCAAUAUUCAAAUGUUUUAAUAACUCAUUGGAAGUUAGUGCUAUAGUGUGGUAAGAGAUGCGAGCAUGGACCAAUAGGUGAUCGAUCCACUUGUGAGCACAAAUCCUCGGUGUGUUCAAGUAAAGAUAGGAGUUUAUUAAAAGUUAACAACGCAAAGAAGUUCUUUUAUUUUUAUUUUUUAUUUUUUUCCCCCAACAAUCUGACUCCUGACAUUUGAUAGUCACACCUUAACAUUUUUAAAUAUAUAUAUUUUUUUUAACGUAAUUAUCCAAUUCUUUAUUUGCAUGUUGGCACAUCUGGAAGAUCACACAAGUGAAGGUGGACCGCUGAAAUUGAAUUUUUCUAAGGGGAUGAUUCAAUCUUGCAAACAGUAGCUAAAAAAUUUUGUUCUUUUUUCUGCCUUUUUAUUUAUUUAUUUUUU